GAUCACGAAAAAAUUCCUUGGACCCUACUAUGAUCAAACGGUCCCAUCAUCAUCAUCGACUUCUACUUAACCAAGAUGGUUAAUAUCCAUUUUCAACGGUCCAAGAGUGGGAUCAAUUCGAUGCGAUCAUCUACUACGAUGCACUGUGUAAACUAACGUCUUGCAUUGCAACUUGCAAGUCUAUUCCAUCUGCAACCCUGUAAUUUGACGGGAAAAAUGGUGAGCCAGAUUUUUCAGAGUUGAAUUGAAGACUGUAGUAGUAGUAGUAGUAGUCAGCAAUUGAGAAUGAGCAUUCUUACUGGUAUACUUGUGCUCCUUCCCUUUCCAUUCUACUAUUGGCUAUGGACGUACCCGGCGACAUGGGUGGAGUUGUGUGGGAAAGGGCGAGACCCAUCAAUGAUGAUGGCUCGAGUGUCUUACUUCCUGAAGCUCCUUCAGAUCCUCUCACUCGUCUCUGUGUCUACACUUUCUUGGCCUCCUCCUCUCUACUUCUGGCCCCUCUUCAUCGUCGGACAAUACCUCAACUUCAGGGUAUAUCAGUUGCUGGGUGAGACUGGUACUUACUAUGGUGUACGCUUUGGAAAAGACAUUCCUUGGGUAACAGAAUUCCCUUUUGGAUACAUCAGGGAUCCGCAAUACAUAGGAAGCAUUCUGAGUCUUCUCGCAUGUUUACAUUGGGUUCCUCUUCGGUACAUCCUUUUAUGGGUAUUUGGCUAUGUGUUCAUAAUAUGGGUAGAAUCCAAAGAAAACCCAGCCACUCGUGCAAAGCCACUCUCCUGAUUUUGCCACUUUUUGUGAGACAAACAAGCGUUCUUCCUUGAACUAUCCACUUCUGGUCAGCAGAAAACAUUCGUGCAGAGAGGAAGCUGCUCUUGUACUAAUUUGUGUUGUUUUGAGAUCAGAGCAGGGUUUUUAGUGCUUCUACUACUAAUUUGUGUUGUUUUGAGGUCAGAGCAGGGUUUUUAGUGCUUCUACUACUAAUUUGUGUUGUUUUGAGGUCAAGGAGAUCUUUUCACUUUUAGCUCCAGAGUCUAAUGUUUUUUCUUUA